UUUGAUUUGGGUUUAGGUUUAUAUUCAACUCAGUUCCCUCUCCAUUAUUAUCCUCUCUCUAUAAAUCAAUUAACUCAAUAAUCUUCUCCCCCCUCCCUUUUCUCUCUCUCUCUUACCAUAACCUGUACAGAAACCCCUUCCUUCCACCUCAUCAAUAGAACUGAUAAACAAUGAGCCCGCGCUGCUUCAUCGUCCGCCACGGCGAAACCGAAUGGUCCCUCAACGGCCGACACACGGGCACCACCGACCUGCCCCUCACGGAGAACGGGGAGAAGCGCAUCAAGGCCACCGGCAAAGCCCUGGUAGGGAAUGACCGGUUGAUUGCCCCGAAGAAGUUGGUUCAUGUCUACGUUUCGCCCCGCGCCCGCGCGCAACACACACUCGAACUCCUUGAACUUGGCUGCAAAGAACGUUUACCCUGGACGGAGGAGCGCAAGUCCGAGGCGGAGGAGCCGAUCCGCACCGAGGCACGGGUCGAGGUUACCGAGGCGGUGCGCGAGUGGGAUUAUGGGGAUUACGAGGGGUUGACCAGCAAGCAGAUCCGGGAGCUGCGCGAGAAGAAUGGGGAAGGGCCUUGGGAUAUUUGGCGCGAUGGGUGUCCUGGGGGAGAAUCCCCCGAAGACGUCAUCAAGCGCCUCGACGCCCUCAUUGCCGAAAUUCGAGCCAAGUACCACAAUCCCUGCUUUGAGUCGGACAGCGGCAAGGGUGAUGUCCUGAUCGUAGCGCACGGACAUAUCCUGCGAGCGUUUGCGAUGCGCUGGACAGGGAAGCCGUUGACGGAGACGGCAUUGAUUUUGGAGGCGGGUGGUGUGGGCACGUUGAGGUGAGUUUGUUUUCUUG